AUGAUAGAUGAUAUAGUGGAGCAAGUUGGGGAAGAGAACGCAGUUCAAAUUGUUACGGAUAAUACUGCCGCUUACAAAGCGGCAGGUGAGAUGUUAAUGGAGAAGCGGAAGAAGUUAUUUUGGACGCAUUGUGCAGCUCAUUGCAUAGAUCUUAUGUUAGAAGAUUUGGAGAAGAAGAUUGAGGUACAUGAGCUGACGAUAAUGAAUGGUAGGAAGAUUACAACCUUCAUUUACUCGAGAACACUCAUUAUCACGAUAAUGAAGCAUUUCACCAAGGACAAAGAUUUGAUUAGACCAGCUGUGACUUGCUUUGCCACUGCUUAUAUGACUUUGGGAUGCCUUUUCGACAAUAGAAAUGCUCUAAGAACUAUGUUUGCAUCCAAGCAAUGGAAAGCUGCAUAUCCUCUCAUUAAGGUCCUCCGCAUGAUGGAUUCAGAUGAAAAGCCGGUGAUGGGCUUUAUUUAUAGUGAGAUGGAGAAAGUUAAGCAGAAGAUCAAAACAAACUUCAAGGAUGAUCUGAAGAGAUCUCUACAUGCUGCUGCUUAUUACCUGAAUCUCCAUGUGCAUUUCUCUUCUGAAUUUAGAGUUGAUAGAGAAGUUAUGCGUGGAUUAUAUAAGGUUAUGGAUCGAAUGCUAGAUGAUGAAGAGAGGGAUAAUGUUGAUUUGCAGCUAGAGGAAUUCAAACAUGAAAGAGGGCUUUUUGGAUUCUCAUAUGCAAAAUCUGAGAUUCAAGAAAACACCGGCAGAUUGUUGAAAGAUAAGAAGAUCAGGAAGCAAGUUGAUCUUCAAGUGGAGGACAUUUCUUCUGUUGAUGAAUGGAUUGUCGAAAAUGAGACAGAGAAUACCGCAACUUUAAGCCAUAAUUUUAACUUGCGUUCUCUUGGUCGUGGGAAUGAUGGUGAUGAAGAAAGUGGAGGUAUUCAAAUUGGCGAUGAACAUGCAGAGAAUAUGCACACACAAGAGCAUGGCAUGAUUGAUGACUUGAAGCUUCUUGAAGAAGAUGAGUUUGAUAUUUUGUAUGAUGAUGAUGAAGAUUUGGAUGAGAUUUGA